AUGCAUCAUCAAGGUGUAGGCUUUCGACCCGAAUCGAACUUCAACGGACGCAAAAGUGCGGGUCGGAAAGUGCAGGGCCUAUCACGAGACUCGGCUGGUGCCUCUAUGUGCAAACGAGAGUUCGAUCACGCCCAACUCGAGAAUCACAAUAGGGCUCCCAAAACCGCCGGUGUAGUUUAUAGGCAGAGCAAAAAGGAGGGGACCAUUGGUCAAAACGGCAAGGAGAAGAAAGAGAGAAGGAUGUUCGGACUCGAGCACGGAGACAGAAGAGAGGAAGGAGAGAAGGCUUUGCAUGACAGGGCAGGAUAUCAUACAAGGCAAGGGCCAACGACGGCAACUGCUAUUGCGACUAUUAAGGCAGGUGCUUCGACCUGA